CGCCAUUCUUGCUGCGUCUUUUCCCUGAGUUUUGUUGACUGUUUUUCGGGUUGAUUGAAUAAGAUGGAGAUUGUCCAUGAGUACACAAAGCCCCGCAGGGAUUUUGGCCGCCAAUGUCUUUUUUCUGACCGACCGGCGGAACUUCUUGCGGACGUACCUCCUGAUUUGGACCUUGCGCUGCAGUUCAUGACGAGAAGCAGGAGCGCUCAGGCGCUGCAGUGUUCGAGGGACAUGUCCGAACACCAGGUAAACACAGAGAGGUUUGAAUCAGAAAGCCGUGGAAUAAACCACGUGGAAGGGGGGUGGCCCAAAGACAUUAACCCCCAAGAGAUGGAGCAAACCAUUCGUUUCAGGAAGAAGGUUGAGAAAGAUGAGAACUACUUGAACAGCCUCAUGCAACUUGGCGAUGUUAUAGGGCACUGCGUUGGACAGAACACCGCCGUUGACAUCUACCAGAAGUACUUUGAAGAUGAAGAGCCACGGGACCAAAGUCAGGAACCGCCAUCUGCUAAGACCAUCAAUGUUUUCAGAGAUCCGAACCAGGUGAAGCGAACCGUCACCUGUCUGUCCUGGCACCCCGACGGGGGACGGAAACUGGCUGCUGCCUACUCAUGCUUGGAGUUCCAGAAAGCUUCUACAGACAUGAGCCCGGAUGCAUACAUCUGGGACCUGGAGAAUCCCAACAAGCCUGAGCUGACCCUGAAGCCGGCGUCUCCUCUUGUCUGUUUGGACUACAAUCCCAAAGAUCCGCACACUCUUGUCGGCGGGAGCUACAAUGGACAGAUCGUGUUCUGGGACACCCGUAAAGGCAGUCAGCCCACAGAUGUUUCCUCUCUGGAGCAGAGUCACAGGGAUCCAGUCUACAAAGCCAUUUGGUUACAAUCCAAGACCGGGACAGAAGCCUUCUCUGCAUCCACCGAUGGACAGGUCCUAUGGUGGGACGUCCGUCGGCUGAGUGAGCCUACAGAGCAGUUAAUUCUGGACAUGGGUCGGGAAGGAAACCUAGAUCGGGCAUUGGGAGCCAUCUCUCUGGAGUUUGAACCCACCAUGCCAACCAAAUUCAUGGUGGGGACCGAGCAGGGCACUGUGGUGUCCUGUAACAGGAAGGCAAAGACUCCAGCUGAGAAGAUAGUCUGUACCUACGACUGCCACCACGGACCCGUCUACGCCCUGCAGAGGAAUCCUUUCUUCCCCAAAAACUUCCUCACUGUGGGGGACUGGAGGGCUCGAAUUUGGUCCGAGGACAUUAAGGAGUCGUCCAUCAUGUGGACGAAAUACCAGAUGUCGUGCCUGACAGAUGCCUGCUGGAGUCCUAUUAGACCCUCUGUCUUUUUCACCGUGAAGAUGGAUGGCGUGCUGGACAUCUGGGACGUCUUGUUUAAGCAGACCGAGCCCACGCUGAGUGUGAAGGUGUGUGAUGAAGCUCUGUAUAGCUUGCGUCUGCAUGAGAGCGGACGCCUGGUGGCUUGCGGUUCUCAGCAGGGUUCUGCUACAAUACUGGAGAUCUGCUCCGGACUGUCCAACCUCCAGAAGAAUGAAAAAAGUCUUAUGGCUGAAAUGUUAGAGCGAGAGGCCAAGCGAGAGAAGAUCCUGGAAGCUCGUCAGAAAGAACUGCGCCUGAAGGAAAGGAGUCGCUCCGAGCAGAGCCGAGAGGACGAAGCGGGCCGAGACGCGGCCGAGCGUGAGGAGACUCCCGAGCAACUUAUUGCCAGAGCCGAGCAGGACUUCUUCAGCAUGGUGGAAGCUGAGAAGAGGAGGAGACGGGAAAGGGAGGAGAUUGGCUCAUAGAUGGACGGCAGAUGAGAAGAGCACACCAGCAGAACUCAUCUUGGUGUGAAGCUAAAUAAGUACUGGCGAGCUGCAGCCACCAUUUUGAAUCAGAUGGGUGGGGGCGGGGUCACGUAGGACCACUUCCCUAACCGGAUCCCAAAAUUAAAACGCAGCGGUAAGAAAUUGUGCCACGGGAGCAAGAAGUUUGCUGAUGAAGAAAUGGAGAUUGAGCGGCGCCGUGAUUUAUUCAUGCCGGUUAGCGUAAAAGUGUUGCAACGAGGAACUCGUCCCUCAAGGAUGCUUCAGAGUCAGCACCUCAGCAAAUCAUUGACAGCUGUCAAUUAAACAGAGUGCUUUUAUUAGGCAGAGUGGCGCUAGGCUCAUUUUUUUUAAUGCUGCAAGCACACGGUAGAUUUUUUUUUUUUCCCCUCAACAGAGAACUGAAGAAACCUGUCCGUGACCGACGUAAAACGCGGCCCCGUCGCAUCUAUUAUUCACAAAAGCAAGCGAGAGCAGCUGGUUUCCAGCCUCAUUAGACCCAGAUCACACCAAGACGCUGUGAUACAAUGGUCCAUCUGAUUGCACUACUCGCAGUGAAGAUCAAGCAAUUUGCGAUCGCUCCAAGCGACACAUCAAGGAGGAAUAAAUGAUUAGAAAGGAGAAUAUUUCGGAUAGUAGGGGUGAAACGUAAACAUCUCCAGAAGACGCCAAAAGCCGUCCCGGCGGAUUUGGCCAUCCUAUCGAGCUGCCCUAAGCCUGUCACUCACCUUAAUUUGGCGGCUAAUGAAGACAAUUGCCACAGAAGGGGCCUCUCAGUUCACACACAGAUCACACAAAUCGAUAUUUUAGAAAUAUUCCGUCUUGUUUGACUGUUUCGCAACUACUGUUUAUUUGUCGGUGCAAAUUUGCUGCCUCUUUUUCCCGCUCGGGCGCACAACAGCCAAAUCCUUUAGUGAGAUUCAUUUAGAAAAGUGGAUGAAGAUGGAAAGCUGGAAAUUGGAUGGAGGUGGGGGGGAGAAGGAAAGAAGGAGAAAG